AUGUAUACCGAAGAUGCUAUGAAUUCUAGGAAGGGCAAAGAAGUCAACACAAGAAAGGAGAUAAGAAAAGGUCAGCCCCUUUCUCCACAAGAUGAAAGAGAUUCCAAGCUCAAAAGGCCUGAUAGGUCCCCUAGAGUCCCUAGAGGGCGAGAUAGCUACACCAAUUUCACUCCCUUAAAUACUCCUAUUAGUCAAAUCUUGAUGCAGCUCCAAGACGACCAUACCUUGAAGCGGCCCCCUAAGUUAAAGUCAGAUCCAACAAGAAGGUCUAAGGACAAGUAUUACCGGUUCCAUAAAGACCAUGGGCAUAAUACCGAUGAUUGCUUUGACUUGAAAAGCCAGAUUGAGAACCUAAUUCGUCGGGGGAAGUUACAUGGGUACGCAGCAGAUUGUGAGAAGGGUACUGGUCAACCUAUUCGUGAGAAUAGAGAGAAUAAUCCCCCUGCCCACCCAUUGGGUGAAAUAAAGGUGAUCUCCGGUGGACUAGCAGGAGGUGGAGAGUUGAGCUUGGCACAAAAAUCCCAUGUUAGGAGAGCCCGGAGCUCCAUAGGAGUCAACAAGGUUGGGAUAUCCAAACCCCAAACGAAGUUCCCGAAACGGGAAGGUGAGGUUAUCAUUUUUUCGGAGGAAGAUGCCAAGGGAGUUCAGCAGCCGCAUGACGAUCCAUUAGUGGUGACAGUAGUUGUGGCCAACUACACAAUCCAUCGAGUAUUAAUCGACAAUGGUAGUUCGGCUGACUUGUUAUUUAUUGAUGCUUUCUACAAAUUGUGUAUUGGCAGGGGAGGGUUAAGGCCAACAAAAUCCCCUCUCAUUGGUUUUUCUGGGGAAAAAGUCUUUCCCUUGGGAAUAGUUACACUUCCUGGUGGAUUUUUUUGUGGUGGACUGUCCGUCUACUUACAAUAUAAUAUUAGGGAGAACGGCUCUAAAUAA